CGCGCCGCAUCAAGUCACCGGCUGGAGCUUUUUUGUUUGAGCCUCUCGUAUUCAUAGCCAGUUGGCGCAGACCUGUUUGUCCUGCCUUUCUUUGCAAGUCACCUGCGACUUUACGCUCCCACAAUCGUACUCGGUCCACUCCCGCGCGUAGGCACAAAGUCGCGCCUGCCCCACCACCCUGGCCCCUCCUUCCACCGCGAUCGGUCCCUUGAACUCUCCAUACCAUCGUGACACACGACUACCUGGGAACCGCCAUGGCUUUGGAAAGCGCCAACUUGCCUGAGGGCAUUUUCUCCCUCUUGGAUACCGAUUUGUACAAACUGACUAUGCAAUGUUGUAUUCUCCGAUUCUUCCCCGAUGUAUCCGUCACCUAUGGCUUCACCAACCGCACUCCCGACAAGAAGCUCAAUCGGGCCGCUUUUCGCUGGCUCCAGGCCCAAGUUGACAAGCUCGAGAACAUACAAGUCUCCGCCGACGAGCUCAAAUUCCUCAAGAACACAUGCCCCUACCUCAACGACCAGUACCUACACUUCCUCUCCACGUUCCGUCUCAAACCCUCCAAGCAGAUCAGACUAUCCUUCAAACCAACCAACGAUACCGGCGCAGACAAUGACCGCGGCGACUUCCACAUACACACCGAAGGCCUGUGGUUAGACACGAUUCUGUACGAAAUACCACUGCUCGCGCUCGUCAGUGAAGCCUACUUCAAGUUUGUCGAAACAGACUGGAGCCAUGCGGGGCAGGUUAACAAGGCAUACCAGAAGGGACGGAGCCUGCUGGAGAACGGCUGCAUAUUCUCUGAAUUUGGUUCAAGGAGAAGGCGCGACUACCACACGCACGAUUUGGUACUCCGGGGUCUACGCCGUGCCGCGGACGAGGGGGCAAAGUCGGGAUGGAAGGGCAAGCUGACGGGGACGAGCAAUGUGCAUUUCGCCAUGAAGCACGACCUCCUGCCAAUAGGAACAGUCGCGCACGAGUGGUUCAUGGGUGUCGCUGCUAUUACCAACCAGUACGAGAACGCGAACGAGAUCGCUCUGGAGUACUGGACACAGACUUUUGGCGAGGGCGUGCUAGCCAUUGCACUCACCGACACCUUUGGCACACCAGCAUUCCUAAAAGCUUUCAAGAAGCAGAGUCCCAGAGCCACCAACGACGGAGAAUCAAGCCCGCGGAAGACGUACGCUGAGGUGUUCACGGGCGUAAGGCAGGAUUCGGGAGAUCCAUUGGACUUUAUCAAGAUGAUGCGCGAGUUCUACGACCAAGAGGGAAUCAAGGACAAGAAGGUGAUUGUCUUUUCGGAUUCCCUGAACCUCGAACUGUGCUUCAAAUACAAGGCAGCGGCAGAGGCGCAGGGAUUCCAGCCUACUUUCGGUGUCGGGACAUUCUUGACCAACGAUUUCGUCGAGGAGACGACAGGAAAUAAGUCGGUGCCACUCAACAUUGUAAUAAAGAUUGCUUCCGCCUCCGGUCGUUACGCUGUCAAGAUCAGCGAUAACAUCGGCAAGAACACAGGCGACAAGGCCACGGUUGAAGAAGUCAAGCAGCGGCUUGGCUACACAGAAAAGACAUGGGCUGGCGGAGACGAGAAGACGCGGUGGGGAAGCGGAGGCCAGCCAGCUACAAAGUAGAUGCACUGUGCAGGCGGGCUGUAUAGUUUGUGGACUUUGAAUGUACACAAGUGAAUGUACUGGAGUGUAAUAGAGAUGCAGAUACCCAACCAGUAGAUAUGGAGGCGUACUAGCAAGUAUGGAGGCGUUGAGCUGAAGCGCGCUCUGCAAGGCUGAGGCUAGCGUGGACCCUGAAGUGCAACGGCUGUGGUGGGCAUUGAGCGCGGUGGGUUUGCUGUGUCAGAUGGUUGUGGCAGCAGAUACGAGGCAGAAUGCUGGGUAAAGUAGAUGAUCAAGCGCACAACGAGGGCGAAGGCGAUUCCAAUCAGAACACUUGAGAAUAUUGCAAGCAGGUGCAGAG